GUUGCUAAUGAAAUCUCAGCCUGGAAAGACGAACGAACAAAGCUUCAUUAAGGUUCUAUAGCGAAGACAAAGAAAUGUUAUCGACACAGCUUCUGUUACUCUGCAUGAUGGCAGGGUUUCAAUUGCCAACCUUUGCAGAACCCAUGAUUGAGGUCUUUAAAUGGAAGCAGAUGGACUUUUUAAAUCGCGGGGACAACUCAGAUCCUCAUGCUCACCAUUCUCGUCCUUGUUUGAAGACCUCCGAUUCCGGUGUUAACAAUAGUGGCGCCUUCAUUCAAUACAACAAUGUGCCCCAGGGUGUCACUCACUUUAGGGGACGCCUCUUCAUCACGACUCCCAGGCGGCAGGAGGGCAUUCCGUCCACCCUGAACUAUAUCGAUCUGGCCAGAGAUGGACGGAGGCAGAGUCCCAUUCUCCGAGCCUAUCCCAACUUCGCCUUGAACCAGUUCAACGUGAGUGCGGAGCAUCUGGUGUCCGUCUACAGGACCUCAGUGGAUGCCUGCCAGCGACUUUGGUUCGUCGACACUGGAAUGCUGGAGUACCCAAAUAACCGCCAACAGAUUCGGCGCCCCAGUAUCUGGGUGGUCGAUUUGGCCACGGAUCGAGUGCUGAAGCGCUUCGAGAUCCCGCAGAGCAUUGUGGAAAUUGGUCGCGGAAUGGCCAGCAUCACCGUUGAUGUGCAGGCGGGAAAUUGCGGCGAUGCCUAUGCUUAUAUCCCGGAUCUGGUCAAUCGCCGUUUGCACGUUUAUCACCUGCGAGACGAUAGAAUUUGGUCCUUUGAGCACAGCUUCUUCAACUUUGACCCGCUCUCUGACGAUCUGAACAUUGGCGGACAGAAAUUCCGCUGGGAUGACGGCAUUUUCUCGACCACUUUGGGACCACAUCAACCAGAUGGCAGCCGCAACGUCUACUUCCAUCCCAUGGCCAGCACGAAUGAGUUUCUGGUGUCCAACAGAGUGCUGCAGCAGGAGUCCAAUGCGGCGCGCUCCGAUCACGGCAGUGAUUUUCAAAUGCUAGGAAGCCGUGGUUCAUCCACACAGUCCACCAUGCACGAGUACGAUCCGGGGACCGGUGUGAUCUUCUUUGCCGAAGUGCAGAAGAGCGGAGUGGGCUGCUGGAAGACCAGCAAGCCGUCGUCAGCGGAAAACCAUGGAUCUGUGUAUUCAAAUGCAAGAGAAAUGAUUUAUCCUAGCGACUUGACGAUCGAUGAAGAGGGAACCAUUUGGGUGAUGUCCAACUCCAUGCCCAUAUUUGUGUACUCCAAACUGGACACGAAUGUAUACAAUUUCCGAGUCUGGAGGCAAAAGGCAACGCGGGCCAAAAGGGGAACAGUUUGUCAGUGAUUUGUGUGAAAUUGCUUUAAUGAAUGUAUCGCAAGGUCGUUACAUCAGUAAUAAUAUGUAUAUUUUGAAAUUACCCACUGAAACUUAUAUAUAAAAUAAAUCAAAAAGCAUUUACAAAUGUACCGUUAAAAA